CACGAGCUCACUGUGGUAGGAACAUCUCCAAAAGCGGGGUUGUUCUUAAUCGUUGGAUUUUACCUCGUAGCACUUAGGUCUCGAGCUAAGGAGUCGUUUCAUCCACGCACAAUAUGCGCGCUUUCGUGGUACUCGCCUGUGUGGCGUUAGCCUAUGGUCGUCCCGAACCCCCAGUCGGCUACAGUUAUUCUGCUCCCAGCACUAGAUAUUCUGCUCCUUCUGGCAGCUAUGGAGCUCCAUCAGCUGGUGGGCACAGAGUCCUUUCUGUCAGUGGACAUUCCGGAGGAGGAAUCUCUCUCGGUGGAGGACACUCUGGCGGAAUCUCUCUUGGUGGCGGUCACUCUGGUGCCAUUGGUCUAAGCUCUGGUGGAUUCUCACAUGGAGGAGGUAGCAUUGGCGGCGGCAGCAUCGGCGGUGGAUUGAGCUUCGGCGGUGGCGAUUCCGGUUUCGGCGGUGGAUACGCUGGAGGCUACUCUGGAGCUCCUUUGGUCCAGAAACACAUCUACGUACACGUUCCUCCACCAGAACCUACUGAACAGAGGAUUCCUCGCAUCCCUGCCGUUGCUCCUCCUCAGAAGCACUACAAGAUCAUCUUCAUUAAGGCCCCAACUCCACCCACCCCAGUCGCGCCUAUCAUCCCUGUUCAGCCUCAAAACGAAGAGAAGACCCUCGUUUACGUAUUAGUCAAGAAACCCGAGGAACAACCCGAUAUCGUCAUCCCGACGCCAGCCCCUACUCAGCCCUCCAAACCAGAAGUUUACUUCAUCAAAUACCAGACUCAGAAGGAAUCUGGUGGCGCUAUUGGCGGUGGUGCUAUUGGUGGUGGAGCCAUUGGUGGUGGAGCCAUCGGUGGUGGUGACCUCGGUGGCAUUGCUCUUGGAGGCGGAUCCGGCAUCGGCGGCGGUGCUGGCGGUCAUGGUGGAGAUGACAUUGGAGCUGACUUUGGCGCUAGUGCCGGUGACGAUAGCGGAUCUGACGGUGGUCAUGGUGGCGCUACUAGCUCUCAGUAUGGACCCCCCGGUCACGUGGCGGGACCCCUUCACUAAAAACAAGAAUUUUAAUAAAUCAUAGGUGGUAGGCUGUGGAAUUAUUGGUUUUUGCUGUGAUGAAUUGCCAUUGUGUGUUGUGUUUCAAUCUUAGCACAUACAAAAAGACUUACCUGAUUCCUGCCACCUAGGAGCUGUAACCGUGGCGAACGUCUUGUACAUAGUCAUCUGCCUUGUGUUCGCCAGUAUGUUACAACAAUAUAGGGUAGUUCAUGAUCACAACAUCAUCUCUACUUGUUAUUAGUGCACAGUGUUAAAAAGUUGUACGAAAGGAGGUAAUUUACAGUGACUGUUACGUUAUGUAUUAUAAAUAAUAGCUUUUUUUACUUUUAUAAUAAAAAUAAAAUGUGACGCUUAUU